UUGCGUAGAUUCAUAUUCAUCAGAUCCCACCCCCCCACAACCAGACAAAUAAAAGCAGCGAAAGCGAAAGAAAAAAUCAAAGAAAAGAAAGAGAAGAAAAAAACACACACCAACAAGCAAAUAAUAAUAAUAUUACUACAUUCAUUCUGAUAUUAUUCAUCUCUCGUAACAUCUUCUCAGUUGUGACGAGAAAGAGUGAUUUCUCUCUCUCACACACACACACUCUCAGAAGUGAGAACACACUUGGGCUCCAUUGCCUCUGAAUGAAAAAUCUUACACACCCCACAACGACACCGUUUUGACAAGGUUAAACAAUGGGAUCUAACAUUUUCUGAGAAAAUUGUUGGUUUUUUUUCCUUGACGUUGGAGCCAUCGAACAGUUUGUGAAAUCUGAGAUCUAGGUGCCUCGGUUAAGUAGAGCAUGUUUGUAACGGCUAUUUGAGUGUGUUUUCCUCUUUUUUAGGCUCCUGGGAACGGUUGUUGAAGGCUUUGGAUUAUAAUUUUGAAUUUUGGUUUCUCGGUUCUCUGAAGUGAGGGAAAAAUGCAGAGGCCUCCACCUGAAGAUUUUCUGUUGAAGGAGACCAAGCCCCACCUUGGAGGCGGAAAGGUUUCCGGUGAUAGACUUACCAGCACCUAUGAUCUCGUUGAGCAAAUGCAGUACCUUUAUGUGAGGGUCGUGAAGGCGAAGGACUUGCCCGCGAAAGAUAUCACUGGGAGUUGUGAUCCUUAUGUUGAAGUCAAGCUUGGGAACUACAAGGGAACCACCAGGAAUUUCGCCAAGAACACACAUCCUGAGUGGAACCAGGUUUUCGCCUUCUCGAAGGACCGGCUUCAGGCCUCGAUGCUGGAGGUUAAUGUGAUAGAUAAGGAUGUUCUGAAGGAUGACCUCAUCGGCCGGGUGUGGUUUGACCUGAAUGAGAUCCCGAAAAGGGUACCUCCGGAUAGCCCUCUGGCUCCUCAGUGGUAUAGAUUGGAGGAUAGGAAGAGCGACAAAGCGAAGGGGGAGCUGAUGCUGGCUGUUUGGAUGGGUACACAGGCUGAUGAGGCUUUUCCCGAAGCUUGGCACUCGGAUGCUGCGAUGGUUAGUGGGAGUGAUGCUCUUGCGAACAUUAGAUCGAAAGUUUAUCUGUCUCCCAAGCUUUGGUAUUUGAGGGUUAAUGUGAUAGAGGCACAGGACCUGAUGCCAACUGAUAAGGGUAGAUACCCUGAGGUAUUUGUGAAGGCUAUUCUGGGGAAUCAGGCCUUGAGGACUAGAAUCUCUCAAAGUAGGAGUAUUAAUCCAAUGUGGAAUGAGGAUUUGAUGUUUGUGGUGGCAGAACAGUUUGAGGAGCCGCUGAUUUUGAGUGUGGAGGAUAGAGUUGCGCCUAACAAGGAUGAAGUGUUGGGGAGGUGUGCCAUUCCUUUGCAGUAUGUGGAGAGGAGACUAGAUGAGAAACCUGUGAACACAAGGUGGUUCAAUCUGGAAAGGCAUAUUGUGAUAGAAGGGGAGAAGAAGGACACCAAAUUUGCAAGCAGAAUUCACAUGAGGAUUUGUCUAGAAGGUGGUUAUCAUGUUUUAGAUGAAUCUACUCACUACAGCAGUGAUCUUCGCCCAACAGCGAAACAGCUGUGGAUGCCUGGUAUUGGUGUUCUUGAACUAGGGAUAUUGAAUGCUCAGGGUUUGAUGCCAAUGAAGACAAAAGAUGGGAGGGGGACAACGGAUGCUUAUUGUGUAGCAAAAUAUGGGCAGAAGUGGGUCAGGACAAGGACAAUCAUUGAUAGCUUUGCACCGAGGUGGAAUGAGCAAUAUACUUGGGAGGUUUUUGAUCCAUGCACUGUCAUUACAAUUGGUGUAUUUGAUAACUGUCAUCUGCAUGGUGGUGACAAGGCUGGAGGGGCAAGAGAUGCAAAGAUUGGAAAGGUACGGGUUCGUCUUUCCACCCUUGAGACUGAUCGGGUCUACACACAUUCCUAUCCACUUCUUGUUCUUCACCCGAAUGGGGUGAAGAAGAUGGGUGAGAUUCACUUGGCUAUGAGGUUCACUUGUUCAUCUUUUGUCAAUAUGAUGCACAUGUAUUCACGGCCCUUGUUGCCAAGAAUGCACUAUAUACACCCAUUGACUGUUAGCCAGCUUGACAGUUUGAGGCAUCAAGCUACUCAGAUUGUUUCAAUGAGACUGAGUCGCGCUGAGCCACCUCUGAGAAAAGAGGUGGUGGAAUAUAUGCUGGAUGUCGGUUCUCACAUGUGGAGUAUGAGAAGAAGCAAAGCUAACUUCUUCAGGAUUAUGGGGGUUUUGAGCGGCCUAAUUGCUGUAGGAAAAUGGUUUGAUCAGAUUUGCAAUUGGAGAAGUCCAAUCACUACAAUUCUGAUCCAUAUCUUGUUCAUAAUAUUGGUUAUGUAUCCAGAGCUUAUCUUACCAACAAUUUUCCUUUACCUCUUCUUGAUUGGAAUUUGGUACUAUAGAUGGAGGCCAAGGCACCCUCCUCACAUGGACACGCGUCUCUCUCACGCGGAUUCAGCGCAUCCUGAUGAACUCGAUGAAGAAUUUGACACAUUCCCGACCUCCCGGCCAAAUGACCUCGUGAGGAUGAGAUAUGAUAGACUUAGAAGCAUUGCUGGUAGGAUUCAAACUGUGGUUGGGGACUUGGCCACUCAGGGUGAAAGGCUGCAAUCUUUGCUGAGUUGGCGUGAUCCUAGAGCUACAUCACUAUUUGUGAUUUUCUGUCUGGUUGCUGCUACUGUACUGUAUGUCACUCCGUUCCAAGUUGUGGCCCUCUUUACUGGAAUUUAUGUUUUGAGACAUCCGAGGUUUCGUUACAUGCUUCCUUCGGUGCCGCUGAAUUUCUUCAGGAGGCUGCCUGCAAGAACUGAUUGCAUGCUUUGAUUCCAGGAUAGUGCAGUAGGUUAUUGUUCAUUAUUCUGUCACAGGAUUUUCUGUUUUUACUUUUGAACUUCAUGUUAGUCUUGUUAAUUUGUAAUUUUGUAGGUUUGAGUCAGCUUAAUUACUUUUUAUGCUUAAUCAGAUUUAGUAGUGUUUCUCAAUGGGGAGUUAGUUUAAAUUGGCAGUGGAGGUAAUUUCUGUUUUUUUCCCUCUACUAUUUUUUUGAAGUUGCUGAUUAAUGCAUUUCUUUUAACAUAUGUUUAAAUCUGUUAGACAAAA